GCAUGCGCAGUAGAUAACUAUCAUGUGUUCACAAUAACUGUUCCUUGUAUGCCAUAGAAACUGAAUUAUUAGUGCUUACUCGAUUAUAAGCGUAUCUCUAUUUUAAGCGCAUGCUCAGCUGCAGGUUUUUUGUACUCAAAUUGAAGCGCUUUUUUAAUUAUGCGAAGAAUAUUAGUAGAAUAGAUUCAGCUAAUUUUGUUUAUCUAUGACCUAGUUAGCUUGUACAAUGCAUGAUAGCUAUAUAGCUGGUGAUAUCUAUCUCUCUGAGCAUGCUGUUACCUUGUCUGAUCAUGCUGUUACCUUGUCUGAUCAUGCUGAGAGAAUGUGAGACAAAGAAUGAGGUCCUUUUGCUCCAGAUCCUGGUCAAAUGUUGUAAAAUGAACUAUAAAAUGAACUGUAGUAUAGAUCCAUUAGGAUUGCCUGCUUGCUCACUUCCUAGCUAUAGCUUACGAGUCUGCUCUCAUCACAGAGACAUCCGGUUACUAGAUGGGGCUCAAAAAUGACUGCAUUAUAGGCGCAUUCUUGAAUAAGUGUAUAUAGAACUCUGCUAUUUACCCCAUGAGCGCAUGAGCUAAUAAUCAAGUUUCUACAGUAUCAGAAUGUGUUUGAUAUAUAGUUCAAUGACAUUGUAAUUGUACAUGAAAAAUGUUAAUGUACAAGAAACAAUUCUUUUGUAUGGUGAUUGCUAUUAGUUAAUUGAAUAGUAUAAGUACAUACAGACGCUUACGGCAGGCUCGUCGCUGACAGAGAAUUACACAAAGUGGCCUCGUUACACAUCUCCUAUCAAUCUUGUUCAGCUAGAGCCAUUUCUGCGGACACACCCCGACCAAUGCUAUGCAUCGUAUAUGUAUAAAAGCAUUCAAGAGGGCUUCCGUAUUGGCUUUCAUGGCCCCCGAGAUCACCUUCGCUCCUACACCCGUAAUCAUCCCUCUGCACUAGCAAACCCACACGUUGUGCAGGAAAGACUUUGUACAGAGUUAGCAGCCAAUCGCAUGCUAGGCCCAAUAACGAGCGACAAACCACACACCAGCCCUCUGGGCCUCGUCCCAAAAGCACACCAGGCGAACAAAUGGAGAUUGAUUUGUGAUCUAUCAGCACCUUACGGGCAUAGCGUCAACGAUGGCAUUCCAACUGCUCUUUGCUCCAUGCCAUAUGCCACGGUCCAUGAUGCCGUAAACAUUAUCAACGUUUUAGGCCGCGACACACAACUCAUCAAGCUAGAUCUCAAGGACGCAUACAGGAUUGUCCCUGUCCAUCCUGCAGACUAUACGCUGCUGGGCAUCACAUGGCAGGGUCAACUCUAUCUUGAUCGUGCCCUACCAUUCGGGUUACGUUCAGCCCCUAAACUUUUCAACGCCGUGGCAGAUCUCACCACAUGCAUGGGUACUCCAUUGCAGGGGCAUUCAACAUCAGAUACACUACUUAGACGACUUCCUCUUCCUAGCACCCCCAAAUUGCGAUCAGGGGAAGCGUACACGAGACACAGCAUUAGCAACACUCGACUCCCUCGGAAUCCCAGUGGCAUCACAAAAAACCGAAGGUCCAACCACCACACUAACAUUCUUAGGGAUCCUUAUAAUACACACACAUUCGAACUGCAACUACCCCGUGAUAAAUUACAUCGCACUCAACAGCUGUUGAGAGAAUGGUCACACAAACGUUCUUGCACACGGCACCAAUUGGAUUCAUUGCUAGGGUAUCUGUCUCAUGCGGCUACUGUUACACCCCAGGGCAGAACGUUCCUUCGCAGCUUAUUCUCCAUUCUUCCACGCACACUGCAGCCACACCACCAUCUGCGCCUCAAUCUAUGUGCAAGAGCCGAUUUAGCAUGGUGGAACACAUUUCUCCAGGGAUGAAACGGCAAGUCGUUUUUUCCCGGAGCCAAAACUACUCUGGAAGUCACGUUAGAUGCAUCAGGUUCUUACGGAUGCGGCGCAAUCUUUUGCAACACGUGGUUUCAGGCGUCAUGGCCGCCAUCAUGGGAAGCUAUCAAUAUCACAGCAAAAGAGCUGGUCCCUAUCGUCAUCGCAGCAGCUUUGUGGGGUAACCAGUGGACUAAGUCACGGGUACACUUCUUCUGCGACAACAUGGCCAUGGUCGCCGUGCUGAAAACUCUCAC